AUGCCACCACCAAGGAAAAGAGGCAGGGGCUCUUUCAGAGGUUCUUCUAGAGGUGCUAGAGGUGCUAGAGGUGCUAGAGGUAGAGGGCAUGCUCGCGGUGGACGAAAUAGCUUCCAAACAUCUCGAGUCGAUGAGAAGAGAGAGCUAGAAUCAUCUGACGGUGAAGAUCAAUUCAACGGUUUUGAGGAUGAUGUUUCCAGUGCCGACGAGCCGAUGCAGCAUGAGGAAGUAGCCAGCGAGUCAUCUUCGGAGGAUGAAGAGCCUUCGACGGAACGUCCCUACAAUUCCUUACUUCAACUACUCAAUGCCAAAUCGGAAACCACUCAUGCGCGUAAGCGACGUAAACUCGACCAUGUUGGAGAAAAACGGGACACUACCAGCCGCGAAUUGGAAAUACAAGUAACGACCGAGGAGCUUGAGGAGCUAGACGUUCUUGAAAACCAGGAAGCUUCGGAUGAAGAAGAUAAUGUCGGAGCGGACAAAGCGGGCGAGUCGGACGACGAGGAUGAAGACGAGGAUGCGUCAGAUCCAUUCGAAACGCACAUUUCCAGUCCGAAUGGAACCGAGACAGCGAAGCGAGUAAAGGAAAUCACAGCAAGCAAAUGGCGUUCGAUUAAAUCGACUCUCCCGGAGACUUUCAGAUUAAUAUAUAGCAUACCGGACGGAGAGAAUGGCAGCUGGAGUAUGCCUUCUGCAGUGAGAAAUACUCGGAGUCUGAAGCUCAAGAAGAGGCUGGUCUCAACAGCUGCGGAGCGUAUACCAAGUUUCCAAGGUGUUUAUCAAAAUAUUGCCUCUUUGGUUUUCAACUACAGCGACGUUCUCUUUGGCGACAGAUCGCCCUCAAACGCAGCACAGAUGCGGGAUAUCUUGAGUCUGCACGCCCUCAACCAUGUCCUCAAGACUCGUGACCGAGUCAUUAAGAAUAACGCUCGCCUAUCAAAAGAUACAAACGAAGAUAUCGAACUACGUGAUCAGGGCUUUACAAGGCCAAAGGUCUUGAUUAUCCUUCCGACAAGACAAGCAUGCGUCCGAUUCAUAGAAUCCAUCAGCAAAUUCUAUCAGCCAGAGCAGCAGGAGAACCGAAAGAGGUUUAUGGACGAGUACAACGCUGAAGAUAAUGAAUCAUGGGAAAGCAAACCUGACGAUUUCCGGGACCUCUUUGGUGGCAAUGACGAUGACAUGUUUCGGAUUGGGUUGAAGUUCACAAGGAAGACGAUCAAGUACUACUCGCAAUUUUACAAUUCGGACAUUAUUCUGGCGAGUCCUUUAGGAUUGCGAACGAUUAUGGAUAAAGAAGAUGAAAAGAAACGGGACUACGACUUUCUCUCGUCAAUUGAAAUCGCCAUCGUCGAUCAUGCCGAUGGGUUACUCAUGCAGAAUUGGGAACAUGUCGAAUACAUCUUUGAGCAUCUCAACCUACAACCCAAGGAAGCUCACGGAUGUGACUUUAGUCGUGUCCGAACAUGGUACCUAGACGACCGCGCACGAUAUAUACGCCAAACCGUCCUAUUGACAUCAUUCCUCACUCCCGAAAUCAACUCUCUCUUCUCCCAACACAUGCAAAACAUUGCCGGAAAAGCCAAGGUUCUCCCACAAUACAACGGCGCAAUCACCGAGGUGUCUCUUCCAAUCACAGUCAAACAAACAUUCUCUCGUUUCGACUCCACGUUUGCACUCAAAGAUCCGGAUUUGCGGUUCAAGUAUUUCACCACCGCGAUUCUGCCGGCUCUUGCACGAUCAGUGACGGGUAAAGGAGAGGGCAAUGGAGCAGGCACGUUGAUCUUCAUCCCAUCAUAUCUAGACUUUGUGCGUGUGCGCAAUUUCUUCUCUACCUCUUCACAAGCAACCAACAUAUCCUUCGGCGCAGUCUCCGAGUACACAGAACAAAGCGAAAUGAGCCGGUCACGCAGUCAUUUCAUGAGCGGACGACUCUCGGUAUUGCUGUACACAGAGCGAGCGCAUCAUUUCCGACGAUAUAAUAUCCGGGGCGUCAAACACGUCAUCUUCUACGGUCUUCCUGAGAAUCCGAUCUUUUUCAGGGAGAUUGUGCAGUAUCUGGGUCUGGAUCCAGGUGCUGUUGCUGGCAGCGAGACUCUCGAUGUGCGGGCAGUGUUUUCCAAGUAUGAUGCCUUUAAACUUGAGCGUAUCGUGGGCACACAGCGUGCAGGGAACAUGCUCAAGGAAAAGGGGGGAGAUACUUUUCGAUUUGUAUAG